AUGCCUGCCAUUGCCCAUCUUGCUCCUCGCCUCCUUGCGGGAGCUACCUCCGGAGGCAUAUCUGGCACCGCCAUUGCUGUGCUCAUCUGCGUGGGCAUCGUCCCCGUGAUUGCACUCAUCUGGGUGUGCAUCUGGCUUCUCUUCUUCUACGGCAAGGGACGCAACUGCUGCUGCGUGCGGCGCAAGAGGGCUGCUACGGAGCCGGGGGUGGUCGAGAGCACCGUCUCUAGCCCUGAGGCGUUGAACGAAAAGACAAACUACACGCUUCCACAGAGGCCGACGACGACGUACAGGGCCGAGAGCGGGUCCUCGACCGAGCGAGCCAGAGACAGCAGAGGAACGCUGAAGAAGCAGCAGCCCAGGGAGAGCCUGCAGAGCCAGUGGAGCAGCCACAGCACGAUACCUGUUGUGCAGGAGCCGAAGCCAUUCGUUUGA